GAGGGCAUGACUUUUGUUGGUGGGAUGAGAGUAUAAAGAAUUUCUUAUGUUACUGUGUAUGUUAAUCAAAAUGGCUUCUUUGUUAAGUAAAAGUAGAAAUGCUUCUUUGUUAUGGUAACUGGUGAGAGAGUGCUUUCUCUCGCAGAUUGUUUUGAUUAUAAUUACUGAUAAUGACAAUUGUAUUCAUUUGUUAACCAAUUGGAAUAGAUGUUAUUCUUUCUUGUGGGUCUGUAAGCUGUUGUUGCGUGAGCUUUUGGGCAGUUGGAGAGGAGAUCGCGAGGAAGGUGGAUGGUGCUGGAUGCACUCCGGUUGACCACCUGGCUCGGUCCCAGGCACGGGUCAUGGAGGUCGACGAAGAUCGAAUAGUGGACCGAAGACUUUGAUGGUUGAGCUCCAAUGAUUAUAACCACACUCAACAGAAGUUAUAUUGUGAAACCAAGCUUGAAAUUCUUUGAUGAGAACAAAAUGAGACAACAAUCUAUAUCAGAGCCAGCAAAUGUUAAUCAAUACUAAAUCUCAGCACAAGAGUUCACUGCUUCCUAUGUAACUUCCAAACUCACUGAACAACUGUGCAUCAGUAAAAAGGAGGCACAACUUUUUUUUAUCACUGAGGUGGAAUGGAAGGGAAUUUCCAUAAGCUUUGGGCACUCUCCAGAAGGCCAACUGCAGCGGGACCUCCAGCUCCAAGAUACUAUCACUUAACAGAUAGCAAGAACCUCACCUGUUAAUGUCACUGUGCCUAUCUUAACUCUUUUACAUCAACAAUGUCUGCAGCCUGAAGCCAGCUUUGGAUCAAUAUUUAAUCCUGAAAUCAAACUUAAUGGUGAAGCAAGAUGAAAUUAAUAAUUUGCUACUGAAACACCUUUAAAAUAUCUUCAUAAUAUAUUCCAGCAAAUCUUUUUCCAAUCACAGGGAAUAUCCUUCAAAAUUUAUUUUUUCCAGUUCAGCCACGUUUAUUUUCAGUUACAAAGGAACUGAAAAAUGACAAACAAUUCAUCCAACUGCACCGAUGAACGAUCUGCUACAGAUUUACUGUAUGCCAUCAUGUAUGUUAUAAUAUUUAUACCAGGCCUAAUAGCUAAUGUUCUAGCUCUUUGGGUAUUCCACGCCUAUAUCAAGGAGACAAAGCGGGCAGUGAUAUUCAUGAUUAACUUGGCCAUUGCAGACUUGGCACAAGUCAUGUCCUUACCACUGCGAAUUUUCUACUAUCUGAACCAUGAUUGGCCUUUUGGCAGGUUUUUGUGCAUGUUUUGUUUUUACCUUAAAUAUGUGAACAUGUAUGCAAGUAUAUUCUUUCUGGUAUGCAUCAGUAUCCGACGAUGCCUGUUCCUAAUUCAGCCCUUCAAGUACAAUGACUGCAAACGAAUGUAUGAUGUCUAUGCAAGUAUCAUCGGCUGGGUCAUCGUGGGUUUGGCUUGCUUGCCCUUCCCACUUAUGAGGAUUGAUACAAAAACCAACUCCAGCCAUUUUAACAGCUGCUUCACAGCUCUUCCUAUCAUACAAAUUGGUAUCCCUACCUCUGUUGCCAUGGUUACACUGGCUGAACUAACAGGAUUCGUAUUGCCUCUCAUAAUUACCAUAAUCUGCUCUUGGAAAACCAUCAUGUCCCUGCGGCAGAAGAAUUCUGUCUUGCAGGACAGUGGGGAGAAGAAGAAAGCCUUAAAGAUGGUAUUGACCUGCACCAUGGUCUUUCUGGUUUGUUUUGCACCAUAUCACAUCACCUUCCCUUUGCAUUUUCUGGCCUUGUCAGGGCGCAUUGAAAAUUGUACAAUCAGGACGUUCAUACUUAAAUUCCACCCAGUCGCACUAUGUCUAGCUAGCCUGAACUGUUGUUUAGACCCAGUCAUAUAUUACUUCACAACAGACGAGUUCAGGAGAAGACUAUCACGGCAAGAAAUCAAUGAAAACAGUAUGCAGCUCCAAUUAAUGGAAACCUGUUCCAACAAUUGUUCAUUCCCUUUGUGCCCAAAGAUCAAUCCAUAUCGGCAUCAAAUAUAUAAUGACAGAAAGACUGCUGCAGGAAAGGCAAUGAAAAAGAACUUAAACCCAUGAAUUCUUUAUACAGUCUCUGCUUCAAUACAACAAACCCCAACCACUAGGAGCCACAGAAUGUCCAUAAUCUGUCCUGAAGUCCAUCGUGAUCAGUAGUUGCAAAGACAUAUGCAAUUUCCCCACCAGAAAGCACAAACGGGUUUGAUGUGAAGAAUCAUGGGGUCCAGGAGCCAAUGAACUGUAAGCUGGUGCAAUUCUUGGAAUAAAAGUACUAUUGCAACUCAAGGCUACAAAGCAGAUGCAAACAAGUCAGGAAAUUCAGCAACUGCCCAACAACUGUAACAUACCCGGACUCUGCAGUGCUGUCAAGAUGGCCUAAAAUCGCUAAGGAUCCUCCCAAGCAAGAGCCAGGAACAGAGAGUAUGAAGCACUCAGUAUCUGGAAGAUCUAUAUAUCAACCUAUAUUUCACUUUAAGUAAGAACGUCAUUGAAUAACCAAACCACAUUCACUGCCACAUUAGAAUACUUAAAGGCAGAUGGAAGUUAUUCAGUUUUUCACACCUGCUUGGCUUUGAGGAGAUCUUUGAAUUGUUUAUUCUGUACACUCUAAUUGCCUGUAUUCAUGAUGGAGGCCAGAAACGAACAUAUUCUUCAGGGGACUGAAGCAAAUGAAGUGGCCAGCAGAACAGAACUUAUAUAUCCUUGACAUUGUUGGUACUUUCUCUUCAAUGCCAGGACACCAGUUGUAAGUAUCCAAUAUUACAGGUUUACACAGGAAACCCAGGGUCACUGCUGCCUGUUGGAUCAUCUUUUGCAUUGGGUUUGAUCUUCAAAUAUCCUUUUCCUUAGGUGACCAAAUCACCAUCAUGUAUUGCCUCCCAAGAUGUGGACAAUGAUUCUCAAACAAUACAAAAUUUCAAUUACCUCCCGCACAGGAUUCUUUGCCAUAAGAUUAAUCCAAUCUUCCUUAAGCAUUGCUAGAUAUAAAAAAGUCACUUCCAUCAUUGGCUCUCAGGAAGGGUGUCUCAGAUGGAUUGCUUGAAUGGCCUCAAGCUACAAUUGUCAAUUGUUUCUUUAGGUUUUGCGAAGUUUAUGUUUACUGUGCGAUCAUAAAAUAAGAAAUUUAGAGGAGUAUGUAUACUAUAACACCACAAAGACUAUUAAUGUGGAGCCAGAAUUAUGAAAGACCUGACUUAACAGAAAUCCCACUUUAUGCAAGUUCAUCCAUAAAUGUUUGAAGAAUUUUGCAAUACAGUAUUAAUAAUAAUAAAAUGCUUCAUUUACAUGGUGUAUGUUCCAUGAGUUUAUGAACACUGUAAGGGUGAAUAUUUGAUGUAGAGAAAGAAUCAGGAAUGAUUUGCAUAAGAGAGCUUACAAUCAAUCCUUCACCACCAGUAUUUUCUGCGUUUCCAGUAUCCGAUUCUAAACAUCCUUUCUCAUAAUCGUUUUUUUUUAUUAUCAGGAGCAUUUUCUCUGCCACUGGGAAAGAGAAGUGAAAAAUGGGAAUAAAGCAAAGGAUGAGAAAUGUAAAAGCUGACAGGAGAGAUUUUGUACCUUUUUGCAUGGUUUCUAAAACUCCAGUUUCGCUCAGCACUUAAGGGUUAUGAAGAGUGGUUGGUCAGGCUAGAAUAUUAUUCAUUUGCAUGUAGAACACCCUAUAGAAGAUAAUUUAGAUAAUUGUUCGGCAACAAGCAAUCUGCUGGAAAAAAUUCUCAGGAGAGAAAUGAAUUGUCUACAUUUUGGGACAAAACGUUACAUCAGAACCAGAUAUUGUUGCAAUGUCCCAAUCAUUGUUCUAAUGCAAGGCCUUAGGCCAAAAUAUCAACUGUUUAUUCCACUCUGUAGAUGCUAUCUAAUUUGCUGAGUUCCUCCAGCAAGUUGUUGAAAUCUUUUUGAUAACUGAAUGCACGAGAUUGGGUCUGUUGUGGGUUCACUGAUUAAGAAC